UCUUCAUGGUGAUCAUGGUCUAAAAGAGUUUGCCAUGGUUGUUGGUUUGUUGCAUAUAAAUGAGGCCAGGCGGCAUAUGCAUCCAUCUUCAAGCUAACACAUUGUAAUUCACCAUAAUAUUAAUACUUGGAGCUAGCUAGCUAGCUAAAUCCAUGGAGUUCUGGCUCAUCAUCCUCCUAUCUCUCUCUGCAUGCUUUUCCAUAAAAACCCUCUUCACUCUUCUCUUCUCCUCCAAAACCACAAAAAAGAAUGAAUUUCCACCAGGACCCCCUUCUCUUCCCAUAAUAGGACACCUCCAUUUACUUCCCAAAUCAACAAUUGAACUUCGAUCCCUCCUCUCUAACCUCUCCCAAAAGUAUGGCCCCAUCAUGACACUCCUCGUCGGCUCCAAACCCCUCGUUUUCAUAACCUCCUACCCCAUCGCCCACCAAGCCCUUGUUAAAAACAGCGCCAUCUUUGCAAAUCGCCCACCAGUCGUCCCCGUCAGCUACAUUCUCAGCAACAAGCGCAAAGAUAUUGGGGGAUCCCCCUAUGGCCUUACUUGGCGUGUCCUUCGUCGUAAUCUCAUGUCCGAAGCUCUCCACCCUUCGAGCUUGAAAUCCUACUCCUUCGCCCGCAACCGAUCCAUGGAAACAUUGGUUAACAGCUUCAACCAGUGUUCCAAACAAGAGGGCGACCCCAUACGACUCUUUGAGCAUCUCCACCGCGCCGUGUUUUCCUUGUUCAUUCUCAUGACAUAUGGCGACAUCGGCGAGGAUGCAAUUCGCGAAGUCGAACACAUACAAUAUACAUUUCUUGUCAGCUACGCCGAGUUCAGCGUGUUUGCUUCCUGGCCGAGACUAGGGAAGCUUGUCUAUAGAAAGCGCUGGCAAAGGUACACUCAAUUUUUAAGGCGUCAAUACGACAUCCUGAUGCCUCAUAUUAGAGCCCGCCAGAAGUUGAAGCAAGAGAAGGGCGCCAAAGAAUUGGAGUUGGUUACAUACACAGACACCUUACUAGAUUUGGAAAUUUCUGAGGGCGCCGGCAAGCUUGAGGAGGCCGAUGUACUUAGCUUGAGCUCUGAGUUUAUCAACGUAGGCGCCGACACAACCGCAACGAUGUUCCACUGGGUCAUGGCGUAUUUGGUGAAGCACCCGCGUAUUCAAGCCAAGCUUUUUGGUGAAAUCAGCCGAGUUGUGGAACAAGGAGCGGAGGAGGUUAAGGAGGAGGAUUUGCAGAGGAUUCCGUAUUUGAAAGCGGUGAUCCUCGAAUGUCUCAGAAUUCACCCUCCAAACACCUCCUUAGUUCCACACACAAACACAAAAGAUAUGGAGUUAUGCGGCUACACUAUCCCCAAAAAUACAACGGUGCUCAUCGGGACAGCAAUAAUAGGGCGCGAUCCAACGGUGUGGGAGAAUCCUAUGGAGUUUAAGCCUGAAAGGAUGAUGAGUAGGUCUAGUAGUAGUGAUGACAGUGGAGAAGAAGUGGGUGACGUGUCGUCGUUUAAGAUGUUGCCCUUUGGUGCUGGGAGGAGGAUGUGUCCCGGUUACAAAUAUGGAUCCCUUAUUCUUGAGUACUUUGUUGCAAAUUUGGUUUGGAAUUUUGAGUGGAAAGCGGUGGAUGGUGUUGAUCUGUCGGAGAAGGAAGAGUUUUUGGUUGUUAUGAAGAAUCCAGUGCGAGCUCAGGUUAUCCCAAGAGUCAAGUAGAUAGUACGUACGUACGUAGUUGUCAGUUGUUUGUAUAUGAAUAAUUAAAGAACUUAUCGUUCGUAGUUGUUGGUGUUUUUUUUUUUUUUUUUUUCCUAAUUGUAGUUCUUCAGUUGUUUGUAAAUGAAUAAUCGUACGUAGUGGCCUCAUGGAUGACAUGCAUGCUGCAUACGUACGUUGUUUGUCAUGA